UCUAAAUGUCAUAAAUUUAGUAAUAUAUAAUUAUACAGUAGGCAUAGAAGAGUUAUGUCCCUUUUUUAUUUGGUUUAAUUUUCCUGGCAUGCAACAUUUAUAAUAUAUGUACAGCAUUUAGAGUUAUCUUUCUUAAGUCUAGAAAAAGGGUACAAUGGCUGAUAGAUAUUAAAGAAGUUUGUGUUAUAUAAGGGCCAAACGUAUCUAAAUCAAACAGCUCAAGAAUUAUUAAUGUUAUUGUUGUUAUUCUCAUCAAAUACGUAGGCCACAGUGAUAUUUAUGUCCAAGAACUAAUAAAUGUGCUUUUAGUACGGUAAUUAAUGGUCAAGACGUGUAGUGUAUUUAUUUGUGACAAUUCUCAAUAACAAGUCAAGUUGUUUUUCGUGGGUGUUUGCAUUUAGACUCAAACCCUUGUACACAGUCAUCUGGCUGUUACAAUAAUUUAGAUACGGUCAAGAAAGAAACGAACUUUAAUAAGAACUACUGCUAUAAAUUUUGACGGAAAUUUAAUCAUUCAAGAAACUGUUAUUAUGGAUGAAGAUAACGCCCGUAUAGAGAUAGCGGUAAAGGAUUUAACAAGAAGGAGAAAUGAUUUGAGAAGAUUGAUUUCAAGUGAAAUUAGUAGUAUUGAUAACAAUUUUAAAGUAGAAAUAAAUACAAUGAUGUGUAAAAUGGAAGAAUCGUGGGACAGGUAUCAGUUCAUCCACACCCAAGUUCUCAGAAACGUACGAGAUGACGUUGAAAUUGAAGAAGAAUAUGUUAGAUAUGAUGAACAGAAACAGCUAACCACCAAUUUAAGAAAACGAUUAGCUCAGUGGAUGAAGGAAGAUAUACGUCUCAAGACACAGUACACUGAAUUUGAAGUAUCGUCAGAGAAUUCAUGUCAAGAUAGUGUAUCAGGCCUACAAACCAGAUCAAAGGCGAGUUGCUCGGAUGGUGAUAAUUCAGAACUUUCUACAACUCUUACAAAUGAAAGGUUAGAAAAAGCUAGAGCCUUAAAGGAAGAAGUUGAAAAUAAAAUAAAGAUUUUAGAAAAUAAACAAAGAAAGGCUAAAGAGAGAAAGUCUUCACGUAGAGAAACGGUAAAUACAUGUAUUCAGCCAGACCCUCCACUAAAUGGCGACGUUAACAUAGGUAAAUGUGAACAUAAUCCGGCUGCCGUACCGCCGCCAAGUAAUACACUCCAAGAUAUACUGUCAAGUCAAAUGAAGUGUAUGGAGAAAAUGAUGGAAGGACAAAUGCAGAGUACUUUGCUGUUAACACUUCCGAAGCCCGAAAUGCCUGUAUUUAGCGGUAAUCCAGUUGAAUUUCACGCCUUCAUGAAAGCCUUCGAGAAUUUAAUAGCAGAUAAAACCGACAACUGUAGUACCAAGUUAUAUUUUCUUAUACAGUAUACCAGAGGUGAAGUCCAAGACCUAAUGAAAAGUUGUCUUUCUAAACACCCGAAUGAUGGAUAUGCAGAAGCCAUUCUGUUGUUGAAAAAACGAUUCGGUCAAAACUACAAAAUCGCCACAGCCUACGUUGAUAAAGUGACAAGCUGGCCAACAAUAAAAACAGAAGACGGCAUAAAUCUACAGCGUUUUGCAGAUCUCCUUACUAGUUGCACUAACACUUUAAAUGAAAUAGGCUACAUAAGUAAACUAGAUAACACUGACUGUUUGAAAAGAAUAAUUUCCAAGUUGCCUUACGACAUAAGAAAAAAGUGGAGAAAUAAAGCCGACUACAUAACUGAAUUUCAAGACAGGGAAAUCACUAUCAUAGAUGUUACAGAGUUUGUGUCAAGAGAGGCUAGAAUAGUUACACAUCCAGUUUUCGGAAACGUGCAAAAUACUGUUACCCCACCCGAUUCAGAUAAGCAUAAAACACGAUUCAGGGGAGGUAACUUCUCAAGAACUAAUUUUUUGGCUAAACUGGAAGAAGAGAGAGCGAUCAUACGUUAG